CCUGACGGACCGCACGGCAGCCAUGGAUCGUCACGUUUGCAAUGGCGUGUGCGGUUGCUGCGGAGCUCUGCGGCCCCGUUACAAAAGGCUCGUGGACAAUAUUUUCCCCGAGGAUCCGGAGGACGGGCUGGUGAAGACCAACAUGGAGAAGCUGACCUUCUACGCCCUCUCGGCCCCUGAGAAGCUGGACCGCAUCGGCGCCUACCUCUCCGAAAAGCUCAUCAGAGAUGUGAGCAGGCACCGAUAUGGUCAGUCCGUUAGCAAGCAGUAUGCAUUUGUGAAGUUUGCAAACAUUGAGGAAGACACUCCGUCGUAUCACCGGAGCUACGACUUCUUCGUUUCCCGCUUCAGCGAAAUGUGCCACUCCAGCCACGACAACAUGGACAUCCGGACAAAGAUCCGGAUGGCAGGCAUCAAGGGUCUACAAGGGGUGGUCCGGAAGACGGUGAACGAUGAGCUACAGGCCAACAUCUGGGACCCUCAGCACAUGGACAAGAUCGUCCCGUCGCUGCUCUUCAAUCUGCAGCACGCGGAGGAAACGGAAAGCCGUUCUCCAUCUCCCUUGCAAACAACCGAGAAGGAGAAAGAAAAUCCAGCCGAGCUGGCCGAGCGAUGCCUGCGGGAACUCUUGGGCCGAGCGGCCUACGGCAACAUCAAAAACGCCAUCAAGCCGGUCCUCAUCCAUCUCGACAACCACUCCUUGUGGGAGCCCAAAAUAUUUGCCAUCCGCUGCUUCAAGAUCAUCAUGUACUCGAUCCAGCCCCAGCAUUCCCACCUGGUGAUCCAGCAGCUACUCAGCCACCUGGACGCCAACAGCAAGAGCGCCGCCACCGUGCGGGCCGGAAUCGUGGAGGUCCUCUCGGAGGCGGCCAUCAUCGCCGCUUCGGGAUCCGUCGGGCCCACCGUGCUGGAGAUGUUCAACACCCUUCUGCGUCAGCUGCGCCUGAGCAUCGAUUAUGCCCUGACAGGCAGCUAUGAUGGAGCCAUCACUGGGGGGACCAAGAUCAUUAAGGAGCAUGAAGAAAGGAUGUUCCAGGAGGCGGUUAUCAAAACCACAGGUGCCUUUGCCAGCACUCUGCCCACCUAUCAGAGGUCGGAGGUCAUGCUCUUUAUCAUGAGCAAGGUCCCGCUGCCUUCUCUGCAUCAUCCUCUAGACAUGGCGGGCAAAGCUGGGGAGAACAGGAAUCGCCUGACGCAGAUCAUGCUACUCAAAUCCCUCCUGCAGGUUUCCACCGGGUUCCAAUGCAGCAACAUGAUGACCGCUUUGCCCAGCUCCUUCCUGGACAGGCUCCUGUCCGUGGCUUUGAUGGACGACCCCGAAAUCCGCCUUUUUGUCCUGCAGAUUCUCAUCAGCUUCAUCGACCGCCACGGAAACAAGCACAAGUUCCAGACCAUCAGCACCAUCAACGACAUCUCCAUCCUGAAGCUGAAAGUGGACAAGUGUUCCCGCCAGGACACCGUCUUCAUGAAAAAGCACUCCCAGCAGCUCUAUCGGCACAUGUAUCUGACGUGCAAGGAGGAUAACAACGCCCGGGCUCACUACGAGGCCCUCUACGCCCUGCUGGCCCUCAUCAGCAUCGAGCUGGCCAACGAGGAGGUGGUGGUGGACCUCAUCCGUCUGGUGCUGGCCAUGCAGGAUCUGGCCCAGGUCAGCGAGGACGACCUCCCUCUGUACUGCCGCUGUGCCAUCUACGCGCUCGGAGCCGCCUACCUGAACCUCAUCAGCCAGCUGACCACCGUGCCCGCUUUCUGCCAGCACAUCCACGAGGUCAUCGAGAUGCGACAGAAGGAGGCCCCCUACCUGCUUCCGGAAGGCGUGUUUACAGAGAAGCCCAGACUUUCAAGGAACCUGGACUGCCUGGGCCCCGAGAUCCUCUUCCGGCAGAGCAAGAUCAGCGAGGUGCUGGGAGGAAGCGGCUAUAAUUCAGACCGGCUCGGCAGCCCUUAUAUUCCCCAGCUGACAGACGAAGACAGGCUGUCCAAGAGGAAGAGCAUCGGGGAGACCAUCUCCUUGCAGGUGGAAGUGGAGUCGAGAAAUAGCCCUGAAAGAGAAGAGAGAGCACCUGCUGAACAGAUUACGUAUGAGACGCUGAAGAAAGCCAUUGUUGACAGCGUUGCUGUGGAGGAACAGGAGCGAGAGAGGAGACGGCAGGUGGUCGAAAAGUUCCAGAAGGCGCCCUUCGAGGAAAUCGCCGCCCAUUGCGGUGCCCGGGCGACUCUACUCCAGAGCAAGCUCAACCAGAUAUUUGAGAUCACCAUAAGGUAA